AAAUUUAUUUUAUAUCUUCUAUGUCUCGUCAACCAAACAUAUUUCUAUCUCUUCGGUAUCCGUCCCAGUCCCUCGUGUCUUGGGAAGUAAACUUUCACCUGUAAGCACAAGAAAAAUUACCUUCAGAAAGAUUAAUGCAGUUGCAGCAGUACAUAGAAGAGUUUUAAGUCUCAUAACAGCUUUCCACCAUUUUUCUACUAGAUUCCUGUUAUAUUUCCUCGUAUGGUGAAACUAUAUAGCAAACAUGAUGGUGGAUGUGAACAUGACUAUAAUCCAUGCUAAUGGAACAUGAAUCUGUUAAGGUGUUUCACAUUUAGUCAUAACAGAUUGGGUUUUGAUACUACCAAAUUUUGUUAAAGAACACAAAUACUUAUCAAAUGCAUCUAUAUCUGACAUCAAAAUUUGAAUCAAUGCCCAUGAAUUCAGGGGAUACACGGCACCUGAGUACGCUCUCCAUGGACAGCUAUCGGAAAAAGUUGACACAUACAGCUUUGGUAUCGUUGUCCUUGAAAUCGUAAGUGGCAAGAAGAGCAGUGAAAUGAUAGCUGAUCCUGGUGCUGAAUACCUCCUCAAAAAGGCAUGGAAGCUAUAUGAGGAUGACAAGCACAUUGAAUUGGUGGAUGAAAGCUUAGAUCCCAGUGAGUAUGAAGCCGAGCAUGCAAAGAAAAUCAUAGAGAUUGCCUUAAUGUGCACCCAAUCAUCACCAACUUCAAGGCCGUCAAUGUCCGAGGUAGUUGUUUUGUUCAAAAGUAGGGGUUCAUUGGAGCACACGCAACCAUCUAGACCGCCCUUUGUUGAAUCUGUUGAAAGGUUCCUUGGAGACAAGUCAACUUCUACUGCCUCCUCCUCAUCCAAUGCCACUGCUUCUUUCUCUGUGUUGUCUGCACGUUGACCCGUUGAUUCAUAAAAUGUGACUUGCAACUUGAAGCAGAAACUCUUUGGUUUCUUUAAUUAUUCUUAUAUUUUAUUUUUUUAGCUUAAAAA